UAUACACUGAUUAGAGAGAAUAAAUGGGUGAUGAAUGGGACACAUGCUAAAAUUGGGAUGAGAAGACUUUAAAGGAUAUAGUUGAGGCCAAUGAGAAAACGUAUAAGAGGUUCAGUAUUACGAUAUAUCCUAGUUAAAUUCCAUCUGUGAAAGUUUGCGAUUAUUUUUUGGACGCUUUAGAGAAAGGUAAAUAUGGUUGGAGAUGGGUAUGUCCUAAUGGGAUGACCUGCCAUUAUAAGCAUUGUCUACCUUAAGGGUAUGUAUUUAGAAAGAAAGAGGAGCCAAAACAAAGACAAGAAGGCGAUCUAGAAGAAGAAUAGAUGAAUAAAUUUCCUAGUUAUAGAAGGGAGGAACUAAAAUUACUAAAGAGGUUUUCGAAAAGUGGAAAUAGGAGAGGGCAGAGAGAAAAAAAUUAGAAGCUGAGAAAUAAAAAUUAGAAGAAUAGAAGAAAAAAGGUAGAAAAUUAGAAAACAAUAAAUUUUAGGGUCAAAAUAAUCAGGAAAUAAUUCAUAAAUGACAGGAAGAGCUUUAUUUUUUUACGAUCCUAGUUUAUUUAUUGAUGAUGAUGAAGCAGAGAAAGAUUAUGAAAGAGAGGAAUAAAUAGAAGAAAAUGAUGAGGAAGAUGAUGAUGAAUAAAAUAAUAAAUAAAAAUUGUAUGAAGGGGAUGAAAAUUAAUAAUAG